GAUCUGAUGGCCAAGGCAUGCAUGCUGUCCGCUUGGUCGCAAUACAAAUGAAGCGAUGAACGACUAAUGGACCACCGGGGUUCUGGAUACGACUUGCUAGGAAAAAAUAUCCAGCUCGGGCUACAUAACUUGACGACAUGGCAUCUGUCCAUAUUGAUCCUGGUCCUUGAUUGCCGAUAUUUUGAGAUGUACACCGGUACUACCAUUGUCUUCCCAAUCGAUGCUGAACAUCGUAAGGCGACCAAACCAAUAUGUUUGUCAAGCAUGAAGAGUCAGCCUCCCUUGAAUCUUCGCCUGGACUCACUCUGGGCUGUGAAUAGAAUUUAAGGAGAAAAUCCUUCUUGUUUUGGAUGUGGAACGAACUAUUUCCAAUGCUUGGAAAUGGUAUUAGGGCUUUCCAGAUCCUGAGAGAGAUUUGUUGGACGUUACCAGGUCUAGUAAAAACGGUUGGAAUGGUAUAAAACCCGAGAAGAUGAACCUUGCGCGUUCAUCCAUGAGCUGAUCCCUGACCAGUUGAGUAGGAUGUUGAGGGUGAUAUCCUUGAUCUUGGCAGUAGGAGUGGUAAGCUCCUCGCCCAUUUCCAAACAUGGCCCACAACCCGUUCAAGAGAACUGCAUUUGCUUGAACCAGACCAAAAUCGAAGAAAACGGGGGUUUCCGUGGUGAAUACUCGUACGUGGAUCCCGUUGGGUCCAAAAUCACCGUGAGCUACACAUACAAUCGAGAAGGCUCCUACAACGAGAAACGGCGGGUGGACAAGAAUUAUGGAGGCAUGCAAACGGUGAUUAGGCCAAUCAACCAAGGAACAUCCUCAAGUGUCCAAGCAAAAAGCGAGCAGAGUCAAAUCGUGUUGAGAAAGGUCAUCCCACUCUUGGGGUCAACCAUUUCGUCCACAGUGAGACAGAUUGUGCAAGUUAAUUCGGGACUAGGCGUCGAUUCUUUACUUGGGAAAGUCUCGCUAUCAUUGAGGCCAAUGGUUAGCAGACACGUGGUUAAGGUGGUUAAGCAAGAGGGUUUCUCCAAUUUGGACACGGAAGAAAUCACCUCCCGGAUCAUUGAGCAACUCGCUCCUACUCUAGGGGAGCAAAUUCGUCAAGUUCAAACCACACAAACAACCACAACCAUCACCGCGUCCACCAAUACGGAACCGGAAUUGGGACCAGAUGACCUGAUCGCCAAAAUCGUGGCCAAACUCCAACCCAUCAUCACCCAAACGGUCGAAGAAACGUAUGGUUCGAGAACCACUCAUUUCAAGACGACGGGACAAGCUCACCAGACUCAACCUGUGGUGAGUCAAGUCACCACCACCAUUGACCGAUCCCAUUCCAAUAUCAACCCAGACAAGCUGGUGUCCAACAUUGUGGGUAAAGUCACCCCCAUUAUCACUGAAACCGUCGAGAUUCACGAGGAACAAAUUAAAGAGACAGGAACACUGGAACUGUCGACCGAAGUGGUUGAAACCAUUGUGGCUCAACUCCAACCAUCCAUUCAAGCUACAUUAACCACUGUGGUGACUCAAGCCACAUCUUCUUCCUCCAACGACGAUCUAGCUGAUCUCAUAAUGCAACAACUCCGGAUGCAAAUCACGGAAGCCAUUCAAUCAGGCACUCAAGGAUUGAGCACUGACAAGCGAUUCAAAUUUGAGUUGGAAAUCAGGAAGCAAUUGAGACAAGUCGUCCUGGCUACCAUCUCAGCUUACAGAGCCACCAUUGAAGAUCAGUCUUUUGCGAAAGUCGAUCAGCUCAUGCACUCGGAGAUGAAAAUCACAGAGUCAGAGUUUUCCACGGAUUUAGUUACUACCCUGGUAUCCAAUAUGCAGCCUUACAUUCUUCAAGUUGUGACCACUGCUCUGAGUUCAGAGACAACCACCACUCUCUCCAACGACGCUCUUGUCAACUUGAUCAUCAAGAAAUUAGACAGCAAAAUCGAUGACGCCAUUGCUGACUCUGAUACUGGAUUUACCUUAGAAAAAAAUCGAAGGCUUCACAGCCAAAUUGUCCUGAGUCUCAAGCCAGUGAUUCAAGCUGCCAUUGGUCCAAUCCGUUCAAACCAAGACCAACGGCAAACAAUAGAGAUCGAGACCAUGAUCUUUGCUCCAGAGUUUACUCAAGAGGUUAUCAAGGAGUCCAAGAACGCCAUCGAAUCUGUUGUGGAAGAGACAUUUGGCAAAGGAAAAAUCGACAUUGACGUAACGGAUUCGUACGACACAGUUUUGGACGACUUAAAACCUAGGGUCGAAACAACAAUCAAAACUGCAAUUCAACGGCGUCCAAUCAGAAUUCCAAGCAACUUCUAUCAAUCAGAGACGUAUUUCAAGGCUCUGGAAGCUAUCAUAACUCAAGUGAGGGUCUUGGUGACUUCCUUGGUGAGCGAGAUGAGAGAAAGUGAGACCAUUUUGGUGAGACAAGUCGUGGAGGAACUCAAGGCCAACCACUUACCAGUUGUUGUGACUAAAGUCCUUCAGAACAUUGGAAAGCAAGACAAGACCUCCGUUAUUUCGAAGGUCAAUACAGAAGUUUCUUCGCUUGUCCAAGCUCGUCUGCCAAGUGAUGCUCGAGAGUUUCAAAUCCAACGGUGGACUCGCCUCAUACUUCAAGAGUUGCAACUGGUGAUCAAAACUGAAAUUGAAACACAAUCCCAAGCCCUUCUUCUCAGGCAGUCCCAAAGCACAGAUGAGGAAAUCGUUGAUCAAGCAGUUAUCAGCGUCCAAUCUCAACUCACACAAAUCAUCAAGUCAGCCUUUGAGUCCAACCCGUCCAAUUCUGGCGAUGCCAUUUACUUGAAAGUCGUCCAAGAGAUUCGAUCGGCUAGCUCCAAAUUUCUCCCCACAAGUUCAAGUCAAUCUCAGAUUGACGAAUGGAUUCGUUUGAUCAUCUUGCGUCUGGAAUCGACCAUUCGAACGGAAAUUCGAACCUUCACCACUUCAAGAAAGGCCAUCUUGAGAACCGAGAUCAUUGAGAUCCUAUUCAAUGAUUUCAAGACCAAACUGGAAGGCUUAAUCUCAGGCUUCUUUGCGAGCUUUUCCAAGGAAAAUGUCCCUUCAGAGACCGUGGCCAUUGCUGAUGUACAAGGAGAGGUCCGAUCUCAGAUCCAAAAUACUCUCGGACAACUGAUUUUAAGUGCCAAAUAUUCGAUCUUGGGCACUUCAGAAUCACAAAUCGUUGACGAAGUGAUGGAUAAACUCCGUGCGGUUAUUGAGCGGACGGUUCGCAUUCAAAUCAAGCGAUUUCAAACCACAAAAACCUCCGUGGUGAAAGCCCAAACUCAAAGCUCCAAAAUCACAAGCAUUUUUGGAACUAGUGGGCUCAAUACUGUCCAAUUGGGCAUCUCGUAAACACGGAUUUUCACGUGAACUUCUCUGAAUCAGCAAGGUGAACCCGGACGUUGAUAAGCAAAUAAUCCCCAGUUUUCUGACUCCAGUAGCCGCUUGGCAUACGAUCAGUUAAGU